GUAACAUACACAUACCUGACUGGUUCCGUUUGUCAGAGCAGAUAUUUCCCUUAAUACGUUUUAGUCUGUUAAAGUGGUAACGUGUUAAGGUAUUUUCCGCCAUGGUCGUCGCGAUGCUGCUUGUGCUGAUGUUGGUGGCUGUGACGCCAGUGCGGCCUCUGUCGUUCAUGGACGAGUCACAAUUUGGAGUAUCAGAUGUCGUAGAUCUCAUUGCGGUUGCGCACACACGGCAGAAGCGAAGCGUUGCCGGACUUCCGGGUUCACUAAGUUUCCGGUUUAAACUGGACGACUCGAUCAUCACAUUGAACAUGACCCGAAGUGCACGCGAUAUGGAGUCUAUUCCUGUUUACAUCAGACACAAAGGGGAGAGAACUCGGCAGGAUAAUUUGUCGAAGAAUGAAAACGUGGCAAUCUACCAAGACCCUUCUCGUGGCUCGGCCCUCAUCGUGUCGCGGACAGGUGACGGUGGGUACCAGGCAGCGGGAACAUUCCAUCACAAGGAUAAACUCUUCAAGAUUUGGCCACAGAGACACCAAGUAGACAAACGGAGUGCUCAGUUUGGUCCCAAUCGCCACGAACUGCGCCCUGUCAAGCAUUAUGACCUUUCCCACGACGCUCGUGCUGUCCCAAGUAACUUCCUCACCAGCCAGCGUGGUAGAAGAAGUGUACGCAGUCAGCAGGGGGACAUCUCAAGAGAUCAAACCCUCCUCCACCGUCACCGACGUCAGGCCACACAGUACUACGUUGAUCUCGGCAUCUACUCCGACUUCUCCGACUAUUCUUUUUUUUUGACGGAAGCGGCUAAUGACGCCACCGCCGCCAUGUCAUUAAUGAGAAUCUACUACGCCUUUAUUGAGGAGUCGAUUCAACUGCGCUACACCACAAUUAACCAACAGGACGCUUCCAUCAUCGUCAACACCUGGACCAGCUUCCUCGACGUUGCAACAACUCCUUCAGAUUCGCCAUGGACAGAAACUAUCAAAACUGGGAAUUUAGUUGAAGACGAUGCCGCCCUCAACCUUUUCAGCAACUUUAUCACAAACACUGGCGCCAGUGGCACCGCCUCCCAUUUUAUGGCCUUCACAAGACUUAACCUUCAGGACAACGGGAACACCAACGUAGCAGGAAUUGCUAACCUUAAUGCUGUGUGUUUGGACAUCGGAGUUUCCUUGAACGAAAACACAUUUGAUGGUUUCACGGGCGCUAUAGCUUCCCAUGAACUCGGCCACAGCUUGAGUGCCCGCCACGACUCCCUUGUUGGCUGCAACGACGCUGACAACUUCGUUAUGACGGCGAUCCUUAACUUCCCUACCCUCCCCAAUCCUGGCAAUCUUUGGUCAUUCUCCACUUGUUCUGUCACGGCCAUCAGGAGCUACCUGACAUCGCCGCAGGCCGCCUGCACUCUCACACCGAACCCUGGGGGAUCUGUUCUCCCCACCAAUGGGCUGCGGGCAGGCCAGGUCACCAACGCUGACGCACAGUGCGCACGCAUCGUCGGGACUGGGUCGAGGUUCUGCCGGACGUUCUAUCAGUCGGGUACCCUCUUCGACGCAAUGUGUCAAACUCUGUACUGCUCCGGCACCGAUGGCAACGUCAACUCCUGCACCCUUGAGCUGGCGGCGGAACAAACGUCAUGUGGCAGUAUGAAGUGGUGUGAUCGUGGAGCGUGUGUCAGCAAUGCCGCCGCCCCUGCAACAGCACCGAGCUGUCCUCAGGGUGAUGACCCCGCAUUUGGCUGCCAGGCCGGACAGUGUGGAGCGUACACCGCCUCUCAACUGCUGCUCUGCUGUGCUACAUGCGCAACACCAACAACUACAUCCACAACAACCACAGCAACGACUACUGCCACAACAACGACAACAGCAACCACCUUCCCUGCAACAGAUACAGCAUCAUCAACAACGAGUACAACCACAACGACAACAACAACCACCUUCCCUGCAACAGAUACAGCAUCAUCAUCAACGAGUACAGCCACAACAACGACAACACCAACAACCACCUUCCCUGCAACAGAUACAGCAUCAUCAUCAACGAGUACAGCCACAACAACGACAACACCAACUGAGGCAUCGACAACUUCAUCAACAACACUCACAUCAACAACAGACGGUCAAACUACACCAUUUACUCCGGUAACCACUGUUGUGAGAUUCAUCAUUCUGGUUUUCUAGAAGACGCCAACAGGGAAGCACUGCGGUGGACGUUGUAACGGAGAAAUAUACGAUUGGUUUCACUGUGGUGGACGUCUUAACGGGAAAAUAUACGUUGGAUUUCACUGCGGUGGACGUUUUAACGGGGAAAUAUACGUUGGAUUUCACUGAGGUGGACGUUGUAACGGGGAAAUGUAGGAACGGUUUCACUGAGGUGGACGUUGUAACGGGAAAAUUAACGAUGGGUUUCACUGAGGUGGACGUUGUAACGGGAAAAUUAACGAUGGGUUUCACUGAGGUGGACGUUGUAACGGGGAAAUGUACGAUGGGUUUCACUGAGGUGGACGUUGUAACGGGAAAAUUAACGAUGGGUUUCACUGAGGUGGACGUUGUAACGGGGAAAUGUACGAUGGGUUUCACUGAGGUGGACGUUGUAACGGGGAAAUGUACGAUGGGUUUCACUGAGGUGGACGUUGUAACGGGGAAAUGUACGAUGGGUUUCACUGAGGUGGACGUUGUAACGGGAAAAUUAACGAUGGGUUUCACUGAGGUGGACGUUGUAACGGGGAAAUGUACGAACGGUUUCACUGCGGUGGGCGUUGUAACGGGAAAAUUAACGAUGGGUUUCACUGAGGUGGACGUUGUAACGGAGAAAAAAACGUUGGGUUUCAAUGCGGUGGACGUUGUAACGGGGAAAUUUACGACCGGUUUCACUUCAGUAUCCAUAUGUUGAGGCUCUACAAUUCGAGGUUGUCCAUCAGUAAAGCCCUACUUGCCGGCUUACGUUGACGAGCAAACACUGCUGAUCACUUACUGUAAAUGUAAAAACAAGCAUGUAAUAAAUCCUGUGAAGCCCAAAUAUUGCCCUGUUAAAGAGUAUAAAACACAACUGUCACACAUUAUAUCUUCGUGGAUUAC